AUGGGGAGACAUUCGGUUGAAUACGACACGCAAUGCUGUGGUCGCAAGUGGUGUGUUAGGGACGGCUGUGGUAUCGCCUGCGCUACCGUUACGUGGUUGCUGCUGGCUUACGGAGAGUUCUGCGUCGUUUCGAUUCUGAUAUGGUCGGACAAAGACCGCAUUUUAUACACGGUGAUUAACGCAACAUUGUUCCACCUGCUGCUGGUUUUGGCGUACGCAAGUCACAUUAAGACAAUGCUGACCGAUCCGGGUGCGAUUCCGAAGGGUAAUGCCACCGUAAAGAACCUGCAGCUGCUGAAGCUGAAGCAAGGACAAGUUGUCUAUCAGUGCGCGAAGUGCUUCAGCAUCAAGCCUGAUCGAGCCCACCACUGCAGUGUUUGCCAAAGGUGUAUCCGCAAAAUGGACCACCACUGCCCUUGGGUCAACAACUGCGUCGGUGAAAAUAACCAGAAGUUUUUUGUCCUGUUCACCCUUUAUAUCGCUGCCAUUUCAUUGCAGGCCAUUGCUUGGGCAGUAUGGAAGUUUAUGCAUUGUAUAAACCGUGAGUGGCAAAAUUGCAGCAGCUUCUCACCACCUGUGACUACCAUACUCUUAGCUGUCUUGUUGUUUGAAGCGGUUCUUUUCGCCAUUUUCACAAUGGUCAUGCUCUGCACGCAGAUUUUUGCCAUUUGCAACGAUGAGACGGCAGUGGAACAGUUAAAGCAGGAACGACGAUAUCAGAAAAAGGACAGAUGGAAAAGCAUGCAGACGGUGUUUGGCGGUCGUUUCUCGUUGCGUUGGUUUAAUCCACUCGUUGGUCCUUAUGUCGGCACUAAACCGCUUGAACAUUGUGUGUAA